AUGGCAACGCUUUUAAGAAGAGUUGUCAUGAUGAUCCAUGCUUUCCUUCUAUUUUCUUUCUGUUUUUCAGUUUAUGGUUUUCUACGAGGAGUUGCAUCUCUAGGCAUCAACUAUGGUCAAGUUGGCAGCAGUUUGCCACCACCCGACAGGGUUCUUGAUCUGAUAAGAUCCCUUAAGGUCACAAAAGCAAGAAUCUAUGACACCAAUCCUCAAAUUUUAACAACAUUUGCCAAAUCCAACAUUGAGCUAAUUGUCACAAUUGAAAACCAAAUGUUACCUGUCGUAAUGGAUCCCCAACAAGCACUUCAAUGGGUUAGUACCCACAUCAAGCCUUAUUUUCCGGCCACCAAGAUCACCGGGAUCCAAGUAGGAAAUGAAGUCUUCACCGAUGUCGACACAACACUAAUCGGAUAUCUUGUCCCUGCCAUACUCAGCAUCCAUGAUGCUUUAGUUCAAUUAGGCCUAGAUAAGUACAUUCAGGUUUCGACACCCAGUUCAUUAGCAGUUCUUGACGAAUCUUACCCUCCUUCUGCUGGUAGUUUCAAGAGUGAGGUAUCGGGAGUCAUGUCACAGUUUUUGCAGUUUCUGUCAAGCACUGGUUCUCCAUUUUGGAUCAAUGCCUAUCCAUAUUUUGCUUACAAGGAUGACCCAAACAAGAUUUCCCUGGACUAUGUUCUUUUUAACAAAAAUCCAGGAGUGGUCGAUCCUUUCACUAAACUACACUAUGACAACAUGUUAUACGCACAGGUAGAUGCUGUUGUUUAUGCCAUGUAUAGGUUGGGUUAUGCUGGGAUCGAGGUGAGGGUUUCUGAGACGGGGUGGCCGUCCAAAGGGGAUCCUAGUGAAAUAGGAGCAACCGUUGAGAAUGCGGCUGUUUACAACAGGAAUUUGGUGAGAAGGCAGAUGAGGAAUGAGGGAACACCUUUGAGACCAAAUAUGAGACUGGAAGUGUAUUUGUUUGCCUUGUUCAAUGAAGAAAUGAAGCCUGGACCGACAUCCGAAAGGAACUACGGUCUCUUUCAAACUGAUGGAACCAUGGCUUAUAAUGCGGGCUUCUCUGCCUUGGCCACAACUUCAUCAACAUCAUCAGCAUCCAUUUCUCUUGCUUCCUCUGCGGCUAAGGCCGCAAAGAUGGAAUAUCAAAUCUUGAUGUACUGGCUGCUUGUGUUUUUUAUGACUUUCUAAGUUUUUAUGAGACGACAACAUUAAGCAAUAUGGUGACUGCAUGUAAAUACAUUACAUUUUGGUAA